AUGUCAACGUAUCCGGUGCUCUUGGGGCUGCGGCUGACGAGAUUAGCCCUGUUCCUUUGUCUGGCCGAAGUUGACAGGUUGUACAGAACGGACGCAAACUCACAUACAUCAACUGCGGCAGGGCCCGUCACUUGCUUACUCCGAACUGCGAAGGACGGGGGCCACGCUCUGUCUCACGUCGUGACAGUGGGAGCUGGUGUUGCCUCGCAGCGGAUCAACCCACCUAACCCCGCGCAGGCCAGUGUUGCAAUGGCAUAUGCAGCUGCCUCGUCGCACAUCGGAAGUGACUGA